AUGAGUUCAUUAAUCUCUUCCCCAAGCAAUUCUCAAAAAUCAAAUCAAACCUUCAACAUCUCAUUCUUUACCACCACAAAACUAAAUACAAAAAACCAAACUCAUCCACAACCAUCAAAACGAAUUCCAAGACCAAUCAGAUCCAUCAAUUCAUCUAUUUCAAAACUCAUCUUUUCUCCAAAACUUCGUCAUCGGUUCACCAACUUUGUUUUCUUUGUUGCAUUUUCUUCUUCAUGUUUAUGUGUAGGAUUUAAAUCAUGUUUUCCAAACUACGGAUUUCAUUCGAAUUCAAACCAAAACCCAAACCAAGAAUCAACUUCAUCAUCAUCAUCUUUUGAUAUGUUAAGAUCUUUAUGGAAAUCUUCAAAUUCGUUGGAACAACAUCAUCAUUUACCGAUUUAUCAAAACUCAAUUCAUACUGAAAACAAGAUGAUCAAUCCUCAAAAACAAAGAAGAUGGAUCGAAGAACAGUCUCCUUGA